GUUGGGUAGUUCGUUGAUUUCAAAACUGCUCAAUGAAUUUCUGUAUUUAUUUAUCAUUUUAGUGAAAUGUGUAUUGUAAUUUGUAGUAAAAAGAUAAACCGCGGAUAUAACAACGAUAUUGCCGUAAUCUCAAGUUCAACAGUAUAGUAAUGGCCGAUGAAGGGGCCGAAGUUAUUGACUCGCAAAUAAUCGCAGAAAACGUUGGUUUUCUCGACAAUUGUUUCGAUAAUUCGUUUGCACUACAGUCUUCCAUAAUCGUGGUGAAGGAGUAUGUUGCAGAAGGACAAAAUGAGCAGUCUUCUCAAAAGUUGUAUGGAGUUAAAUCGAGUAAGAACAUUCCUACUGUUAAGAAAAACCAAUCUAUUGUUUUUAACUCCAGUACGAGUACAAAUGCUGAAUUUGUGUCUCAAAUAAUAGAAAAAGAUAAAGUUGUCAAUAAAAAUUUGAAAGCUUGGGGCUUACCCCAAGAUAUCGCCAGAAAAUAUGAAGAGAGAGGUAUACAAGAGAUGUUUGACUGGCAAGUAAGUUGUUUAGGUAACCCAAAAGUGCUUAUGGACUGCUGUAACCUGGUCUAUUCAGCUCCUACGUCUGCAGGGAAGACUCUAGUUGCUGAGAUAUUAACAAUUAAAACUAUUUUGGAGAGGCAAAAGAAAGUUAUAAUUAUAUUACCUUUUGUUUCUAUUGUAAGAGAGAAAAUGUUUUACUUACAAGAUAUUUUAUCUAGCUCUGGUAUAAGAGUUGAAGGUUUUAUGGGAUCCCAGUCACCUCCUGGUGGGCUGCAGGCUGUGCAUGUGGCUGUUUGUACCAUAGAGAAAGCAAACAGUUUGGUAAAUAGACUCUUGGAUGAUGGUAAUAUAUCAGAGCUGGGAGCUGUUGUGGUUGAUGAGUUACACCUCCUAGGGGAUCCACAUAGAGGAUAUAUAUUGGAGCUUCUACUCACUAAAAUUAAGUAUGUGUCAUCUAAAUUAGAUGAUGUACAAAUUCAAGUAGUAGGCAUGUCCGCUACUCUCCCCAAUCUGGAGGUACUAGCACAUUGGUUAGAAGCAGAACUUUAUAUAACACAAUUCAGGCCAAUCCCUUUAGAUGAAUUCUGCCUUAUUGGCAACAAACUUUAUGAUAAAUGUGGGAAGUGUAUAGAUACCAUAGAUAAUAAAGUGGUUGAAGAUGGUGAUAAUGUGCUGAAGAUAUGCUUAAACACAAUCAAGGAAGAAUGUUCAGUUCUGAUAUUCUGUAUGACUAAGAAUAGAUGUGAAAACUUAGCACAGAGCAUUGCAGGUUCAUUCUACAAGCUAGGGUGUUCUGGUAAUGAAAUGGGACAGGUAUUAAGACAACAAUUAAAGUCCGAUAGUAUUUCAGAAGUUUUAGAACAAUUGAAGAACUGUCCAGUGAGCUUAGACCAAAUUUUAAAAAACACCAUUUCAUUUGGUGUUGCUUACCAUCAUGCAGGUUUAACUUUCGAUGAAAGGGACAUUAUUGAAGGUGGAUUCAAAUCUGGGGCGAUACGAGUUUUAGUUGCGACGUCGACUUUGAGCUCUGGCGUCAAUUUGCCGGCUAGAAAGGUCAUCAUCAGGUCACCAGUGUUCCAAAGACAUCCAAUCAAUAUAUUGACCUACAAACAGAUGAUUGGUAGAGCUGGAAGGAUGGGCAGAGAUACAAAAGGAGAAAGCAUUUUGAUCUGUACAGAGGCAGAGAAACAGAUUGGUUUUGAUCUGAUGAUGGGAGCUUUGGAUCCUGUUAAGAGCUGUAUAGAAAGUGAAGAUAAGUACAUGAGAGCUGUGCUUGAAAUGAUUGCAAGUCAAGUUGCUUGCACUAAAGCAGAAUUAGACUUGUAUUCUAAGUGUACUUUAUUAUUUACACAGCAGAAUACUACACCAUCACAGAAUGAAUUACUAGAUAAUACUUUGGAAGAGUUGAGAAAUUAUGAGCUUGUCAGGAUACAAGAUGAUGGGGAUGAGAAGAAGUUUGUUGCUACUCCUUUGGGAAAAGCUUGUCUUUCGUCGUCUAUGGCUCCUAAUGACGGUUUAUCUUUAUUUUGUGAGUUGCAGAAAGCCCGGCAGUGCCUGGUACUAGAGACUGACCUUCAUUUGAUAUAUCUAGUCACACCAUACAGUGUCAGUAGUCAGUGGGGUGACAUAGAUUGGCUCCAUCUGCUAACUCUAUGGGAAUCUCUCACCAAAGCCAUGAAGAGGGUAGGAGAGUUGGUUGGGGUCCAGGAGAGCUUCAUAAUUCGAUGUUUAAGAGGAAUCAAUAAAAUGAAUAAUGUUCACAAUAAAUUAAACAUCCACAAAAGAUUUUAUACCGCCUUAGCAUUACAAGAUCUGGUGAACGAAGUACCAUUGUCUGAAGUCGCGGGCAAGUUCCAAUGUGCUCGAGGGUUCCUGCAGAGUUUACAGCAAGCUGCUGCUGCGUUUGCAGGUAUGGUCACUGCAUUCUGUCACCAGUUAGGUUGGAAAAACAUGGAGAUGCUGAUAUCGCAAUUCCAAGAUCGUCUGCACUUCGGUAUUCACUCUGAACUAUUAGAUCUCAUGAAACUACCGUCUUUAAAUGGUAUGAGAGCUAGAACCCUAUUUGAUGCGGGCUUUGAAACUGUGUCUAGCAUUGCGUCUGCUGAGGUGAAUACUGUAGAAAAUGCUCUUUACAAAGCUGUACCAUUUCAAAGUGAGAAGGAAAGAGAAGACGACGACAGUGAUGAUAUGAGGAAACGUAAGAAGAUGAAGAAUGUCUGGAUAACAGGGUGUUGCGGGAUGACCACCAAGGAGGCUGCUGAGAAUCUUGUAAUGGAGGCGAGAAAGUAUUUAGAACAUGAAAUUGGGGUGAAGGAAAUUAAAUGGGAUACGUUAGCAGGAUGUAGAAAUUCCACGCAGCAAUCCUCAAAAGAUGAACACGGUACAAAUAAGUCUUCAUGUUCGACCCCAAUAACAGUAAAUGAAAAUAUUCAAAAGUCAGAAACCUUGAUUCUUGAAGAAGGUAAUAAGCCUUCUGAAGCUUCACGUAAUAAUCACAGCUUAACUAAUAGAGACGUUAAAACAGAACUACUGACGGAGGAAACAGAUACUAUAUCACGAAAGUCUUACGAAAAUGAUAGUGAAAACAUUUAUCACAGCGCGAAUUAUUUCAAAUCCAGUGAUGUGAAAAAUGAACUUAAAAAAUCAAUUAUAGAUGAUAAUCUAGUUGAUUCCUUGAUAAGCAAUAAUGAAUUAGAGUUUAUGAAUAAAACGAGUUCGCCGAUAAUAAAUGGAAUGAAAAGAGAAAAGUCUAAGUUGAAAAGUCCACUCUUAAAAGAUGUUACUAACAUAAAACAUAGUCCAUCCAUUCUUAAAGAUGACAUUAUUUGGGACUCGAUGAAUUUUACUGAGGUCGCGAUUGAAAAUGUAACAAAAUUUCAAAAUGUUGAAAAAAUGUAUUCUCCAAACAUAAGUUUUGGUGAAUGUGAUGAAAAGUUGGAACCAGUAUCAGAAACCACAACAAGUACAAAGUCUACAGUGAAAGACAUUAGUUUAUUUUCUUCUGAAGGCGAUAACUCUAGUCUGUUUGAAGAGAGUUUGCCUAUAGACUUGAUCCCUAGUAAAUUGUUGGAUGAUAAAUUUACACAAAUUCAAAUAACCAAGCCUAUUAAACAGGAAACUGCCUCGGACUUUAUAAGUAUGAAUUCAAAUUCUAUCCUAAAUGCUUUUAAGUCCACAAUAGUGGAAGUCGAUGAUGAGUGUGAUGAAAUCAAACUGGUUUAUGAAGAGGAUAAUAAAUUAUCGGAAAAUGAAUCAGAAAGCGGUUUUAAUCUGUCGGAAGACGUAGUGAUUGAAACUCAAGAUAUAAACGUUAGUCCAAUCAAAGACAGCUUUAAAAGUCCUUUUAAACGACAUAAUAGUUACAAAGAUACUACGCAGCCCUCGGCAAAAAAAGUUAAAACUGGAACCGAUACUGAUAUACUUCCUAUUUCUACAACAAAAAGUGAUGAUGAUUCCUUUGCUUUAAAAAUGAACUGUCCUGAAUCAAAAAUGUUUACAUUGGAAAUUAGAAAACAGAAGAUCAAAUGUUUUAUUUUGAAGAGGAACGAUAUUUUAAACAAUUUUGAAGUUAUUGACAGCAAUAAAGAAGCGGCUAUAUAUUUGAAUGUGAAAGCGCCGACUGCUCCUACAAAUGAAGUGAUAGGCAGUAACAUUGUGAAGACAAGACCUCAGACAGCGAAUACAUCAAUUCUAAUACAAGGAAUAGCUGUUUACCUUGGUAAGGACACGUGUGUUUUCCUAGACUUUACAAACAUUGGGGAUUUGUUUACGUCAGUCAAGAAUAAAUUAGCUAUCUGGCUUCAAAGGAAAAAUACCAAGUUGAAGGUGAUGUCAUUGAAAUCAGACUAUGUGAAUAUAAAGAAAUGUUUCAAUAUUGAUGUAUUAGCGUCGUUAUUCGAUGUUUCUUUAGCUGAAUGGCUCGUAGAUAGUGAUGAGAAAAUACCGAACCUUGUAUACCUGACCAAGAAGUAUUGCGAUGUAGAUCUAACUACAGUUUCAUUGAAAGUAAAUAAUCGCGUGAAGAGGUAUCAACAUCUGGAUACGAUCGAGGCGUGUUGUUUGAAGACAUGGUCGAUAUGGAAUGUCGCUGAAAAGGAAGUACAGUAUUUAUUGGCGCAGUAUGAGAACGUUCGAAGUAUAAUCUCUAUAGAGUUUCAAAUAUCGAAGAUCUUAGCCGAUUGCGAGUACUACGGCUUGGCGGUGGACAAGCAGCUCGCAUCCCAACUGCUCAUCGACGUGAAGGACUCGCAGGAGCAUCUUCAGAGGAGAGCGUAUCAGAUGUGUGGGUACCACUUCAACUUCAACUCGGCUAAAGACGUCGCGAAGGUUUUAGGGUUGUAUAAGGGGCGCAAAGUGAGCACUAAGAAAAGUGUGCUGACGUCACACAACAGCCCGAUGGCGAGCCUCGUCAUUUACUGGAGGAAGCUCAACUCUAUACUGACGAAGACCUUGUAUCCUUUGACGGAGAAAGCUUGCAUAUACAGCGACGGAAACAGGAUAAACCCGUCGUACACGAUGUUCACGUGCACAGGCCGGAUCAGCAUGCACGAACCGAACCUCCAAAGCGUUCCACGUACUUUCUCCAUCCCAACGUCAUACUUGGACUCUCAACCUUCUACGGACAUCAUAGAGUUCAAUUGCAGGAACAUAUUCCAGGCUGCCCCAGGGUAUGUCCUGGUGUCUGCAGACUACUGCCAGUUGGAAAUGAGGAUUCUGACGCACUAUUGUGAAGAUGAAGUGCUUAUGAGGAUUAUGAGGUCGGAUGUGGACGUGUUUAAAGCUAUAGCGGCGUCGUGGGGCAACGUCGCUGAAGAUGAGGUAGAUGACGACCUCCGCCAGAGAGCCAAGCAACUCUGCUACGGGAUACUCUACGGCAUGGGAAACAGAACUCUCUCCCAGCAGCUGGAAGUAUCCGAGAUGGAGGCAGCAGUGUUCAUGGACACUUUCUACCGCAGCUACCCGGGGAUCCGACGGCUCACGGGCCGGUUGCUCGAAGACUGCCGCCGGAGGGGUUACGUCGAGACACUCAUGAGAAGAAGGAGAUACCUGCCCGAUAUCAAUAGUCAAGUCUUAGCCAGGAAAAGCGCAGCAGAGCGGCAAGCAGUGAACACGACGAUCCAAGGUUCAGCGGCGGAUAUAGCCAAGGCAGCCAUGUGUGCCAUCGACACUCGCACUAACACACACGUGCACAAACCCCGCCUCAUCCUGCAGAUGCACGAUGAACUCAUAUACGAGGUUCCGAAGAACAACAAGAAUGACUUCGUGAAGAUUUUGAAAGAAGUCAUGGAAAGAACUGUCAAAUUGAACGUGCCUUUACCUGUUAAAGUACGGUCAGGGAACACUUGGGGUAGUUUGCAGGAAAUCAAGUUUUAAGAUGUACUGACUGAAAUCAAUAUAUCACGCCACCCCGAAGAGGUAGGCAGAGGUGACAGUACACCCACUUGACUGAAAUCAUGUUGGAAUUUAUUCUGUGAUACUUAUUUUAUUAAUGCGAUGUGGUCUACGAAUAAAUAAGAUGUGGUAGUUGAUAAUAAACUUUUUAGUUUUA